GGCUCCCGAGCGGUGCGCGGCUGAGCUGGCGGUGGCGUGUCCGACAUGGAGCUGCCGCAGAUGCCGGAGUUAAUGGGCUUGUCCCUGUUGGUUGGGCUGCUGGCCCUGAUGGCGACGGCGGCGGUGGCGCGGGGGUGGCUGCGCGCGGAAGAGGAGAGGUGCGGCCCGCCUGCGCGCCAAAAAGCAAACGGACUUGCACCUGAGAAGUCCUCGGGCUCCAAGAAGCAGAAGCAGCAUCAGCGGAUUCGCAAGGAGAAGCCCCAGCAGCACACCUUCAGCCACCGCCUCCUGGCCGCAGCGCUGAAGAGCCACAGCGGCAACAUAUCCUGCAUGGACUUUAGCAGCAACGGCAAGUACCUGGCCACCUGCGCAGACGACCGCACGGUCCGCCUCUGGAGCACCAAGGACUUCCUGCAGCGGGAGCACCGGAGCAUGAGGGCCAACGUGGAGCUGGACCACGCCACCCUGGUGCGCUUCAGCCCCGACUGCAGGGCCUUCAUUGUCUGGCUGGCCGGUGGAGACACCCUCCGUGUCUUCAAGAUGAGCAAGCGAGAGGACGGGGGCUACACCUUCACAGCCACCCCAGAGGACUUUCCUAAAAAGCACAAGGCCCCUGUCAUCAGCAUUGGCAUUGCCAGCACAGGGAAGUUCAUCAUGACGGCCUCCAGUGACACAACUGUUCUCAUCUGGAAUCUGAAAGGCCAGGUGCUGGCCACCAUCAACACCAACCAGAUGAACAACACCUACGCUGCCAUAUCCCCUUGCAGCAGGUUUGUGGGCUCAUGUGGCUUCACUCCAGAUGUGAAGGUUUGGGAGGUCUGCUUUGGGAAGAAGGGGGACUUCCAGGAGGUUGUGCGAGCCUUUGAGCUGAAGGGCCACUCUGCGGCUGUCCACGCUUUCGCCUUCUCCAACGACUCCCGGAGGAUGGCGUCAGUCUCCAAGGACGGCACGUGGAAACUGUGGGACACGGACGUGGAAUACAAAAAGCAGCAGGACCCCUACUUGCUGCGGACGGGCCGCUUCGAAGAGGCAGGCACCAUGCCGUGCCGCCUGGCGCUCUCCCCUGACGCCCAGGUCUUGGCCCUGGCCAGCGGCACGAGCAUCCAUGUCUACAACACCCGGCGCGGUGAGAAGGAGGAGUGCUUUCAACAGGUGCACGGCGAGUGCAUCAGCGACUUGGCCUUUGACAUCACAGGGCGCUUUCUGGCCUCGUGCGGGGACCGGGCCGUGCGACUGUUCCACAACACUGCCGGCCACCGGGCAGUAGUGGAGGAGACGCAGGGCUUCCUGAAGCGGGCCUCCAAUGAGAGCACCCGCCAGAGGCUGCAGCAGCAGCUGACGCAGGCCCAGGAGGCCCUGAGGAGCCUGGGGGCCCUGAAGAAGUGACUGGGCCAGCGCAGCGGGAUGGGUCUGGGCCCCUGCUCCCCCGGCCGCCGACACUUUGCUUCCCAGGUGCUCCCUGGGGGGGACAGCUUCUGAAAGGAGGCGCCUGAUUUUCUUACUGUUAGCCCCUGUCUUCUUUUUCUUAUUGAAGUUGUUCUUGCCCACUUAGUUCUCUCUCUCUCUGCCUUCUUGUUGAUGGAUGACCACGGCCCUUCUCUUUCUCCCCGGGCCCAAAAGGCUUAAUGUCUCUUUCCCCUGGAACAGAAGAGAGCGGCAGAGAGAGGAGGGAAUGUGGUCUUUGACCUUGGGGCAACACACCCUGGCGCACAGAGCUCUCUGUGGACGUGGGGUGCAAACCCCAGGGAACACGGGAGUCCCGAGCAGCGCUUCUGCGCGGCCGGAAGUUGGGGGUGCACCGGGGGUCCGAGCAGGCCGGGCGCCUAAGGCCAUCUCAGAGCAGCAGAGGGACAUCCUUCUGGGGUUCAGUUUUCUCAUUUGUAAAAUGCCGAAUACGCCUCUCUGCCCAGCUGGUGGGCCUGAGAGAGGCAUCAAGUCUCAGAAUUCAGAGAAAACUGGACAAGGCAGUGAUGCUCAGUGUCGUGAACUACGGAAGGUCGGCGUGGCUUGCAGCCACGUUUAGAAGGAAAGAAACGCAUACGUUGGACAGGCAAAGUUUUCUGGGAGACCGGAUCCUGCAGUUUGUGUUUGGUUCUGCUUGAAGCUGCGUGGGAGAGUCGCGCGUUCCCUUAAGGGGGGGCUCCUCUGUGCCGGGGCGGGGCGGGGGCUGCGUCCUGGCUGGUGGGCCAUCUUCUCAGUCCAUCAAACGGUUCCUGUGGUGGUGACUGCGAGGCGUCGUGUGUCAGUCUCCGUAGGCUGCAGAGUCCAAGAUGAAGGCACUAGGGGACCCGGGUGUCUGGGGAGGGGCCGGCUGCCAGGUUCAUGUCGGUCACCAUGCGGGGCCCUCGCGAGCACUGGGACACGUGAGCGGCUACCAUGGGGCCGGCACAGCUCUAGGGACGGGAGAGAAACAGGAAUAAGACGUGCCCUCUGCCCUCAAGGCUGGCUGCAGGUCUAGGGAGUGCUUUUUUUGAUUUUUGUAUUUUUUUUGGUCAAUUGACUGACAGUACAGCAGAUGUUGUAAAAUGCCAGGCACUAGCGGGGACUGAGUUUCUAGUUGAAGUUGAAGGCAUGGAUUUGAUUGGACGUUGAGUCCUUAGGAGUUCGACUCUCUGGAUUUGAGGACUGCCUGGGUGUAGGGAAUCUGGGAAGUGAGGGAUGUCGGGAGACCUGGCCUCUGGGCAAUGUGCGUUCCUCCGGAGACCUCUUGCCCCCUGCGUGUGCCGUGCGCAGCGCCGUGAGGGCGUGCUCGCCAUACAGUCUGGGAGUGACCUUUGCUACGAUGCCUUUUGCAUCACUGCCUCCCUCCCGCUGUUCCUGCCAGGACUGCCACUCCUCAUCAGAAAGUCCCUCUGGGUGCGCCGCAGCUGACAGAUCCCGAGGCGGCCGCUACCAUCCUGGUCCCAGCCACUGUCGCCCAGCGGCCUGCUCUCUUGCAGCUUCCUAAACGGCCCCCCUGCCUCUACUAACCUGCACUUUGCUAAGCAGUUGGGUGAUCUUUGGGGAAAAAAAAAAUGCAAGGCAGAUCACGCGAGUCUGCCGCCACACCGGGAAUAAAGUCCAAAACUCUUAGGCUGGCUGGCUGGCUGGCUGGCUGGGCCCCCGUGGAAUCUGGCUUCUUCCUCCUCUUUCCUGCUUCUCUUUUUGCUUUCUGUUGUUUCCUGACACACUCUGCUGGUCGCCCCAGCCUUGCUCUGGGCUUGCCCCCGGCCGCGGGUGCUCGUUCGCGCUGGCACACUUGUCGUGCCUGGCGCACGACCCAGCUCUCCUGACCAUCCCAUCUGAAGUAGCCCUUUUCACCAAUUACGUCGCGGCCCUUGCACUCCCGUUCUGCCGGAUCUGCAGCGUUCGCUCUCUGAAACGCUCUUGUUUGGAUAUAUGUCUGCGGCGCCAGGGCUUGGUUCUGUCAAGGAGGUAGCAUACACGCGUGGUAGGCCCCCUGCCGUCUGCCAAUAAGACAGAAAUGGUGAGGACUGCGGUGAGCCAGAGCACGGGCGUCCUAGUGGGAGGUGGGGCGGGGAUCUAACAGAAGUCACUUGUUUCUGAGAAACUAGAAGUUGGCAACUUAUUUGAAAGAAAAAAGAAUUAAGCAUGGCGUGGAGCAAGCAGAACUCCAGUGUGGGCCGGGUCUCAUCCUUCAGACCAGCCCCUGGGUUGUUGAGGAACCCCCCUGGGACGUGUGUGACCACCCCCCCGCCCAGGGCAGGAUCCUGGCUCCUUGGAUCCAUGUCCCAAGUGCGGUGGUACCUGGGACAGCGUAAGCGCUCAAUGUUGAACUCGAGCCAGGGCCGAAGGACAGAGACUGGUUUCCUCUCUGUGUGUCUUCAUGCUGCCAGUCUCUGCUUUAGGCUCCUGGUAACACACAUCUGACCGACUAAGGUAUCUGUGCACAUAGGGCCUGAAUAGCGUACUGUGUCUGAAGCGUGAGGCUAAAGCCCCGUGCCCCGCUGUUCUUAGAAGCAGCUCUGGGGUCACUCUCCCAUCGCACAGCCCGGAGAGGAAGCGACUGCGGGGUGUUGAGUCGCUGAAGGCAGGAGUCUUCAGUCCCGCCGUUGGCUGGUGGGAGACCUGGUGCAGACGGGUCACGCCAGCUCUGAGUUUGUUUCCUCGUUUGUAAAAUGGGAAUAAAUUCUGUUCUUCCU